AUGCCCGCCCCCCGCUCACCACCCGUUCCCUUGAUCGACGCCUGGGACGUUGUGACUGUCUACGCCCCUCGUUCUCCCACAUUCCACUCAUCCCUCACGUCGCUCAUACACGCCUACGACGCCCAAGACGCCCUCCUCCUGCGUAUGGACGACACACGAUAUCCCAAACGUGACAAUUGGUCAAAGUCAACGUCCACCCACGUUCCUCGUCCAAUCCCGACUCAUUCUCAACCACACAGACCUACCACAACAACAGACACCACACGCAACUCUUGCAGCUCACGUCUAGUCCCGGCUCUGUGUCCCCUGGCAAAUGGCCUGCUCCGACCUGCACAACAAAAAGGUGGCUUGCCUUGGAUGGGCAAGGACGCCGAGUUCAUCCUCCGAGACUCAAGUCCACGACCCCCAAAUGUCCAAUGGCUCAUCCAAUGGCUCAUCCAAGAGUCCAAAAACUCCAACAUGCUCUUCCAGCCAAGGGGGGUCCCACGUCCUUUCUCCUUCCCCACUGCUCUGGGCGCCCCAAGCACUGGCCUCAAACAAGGGCUAUCCCCCGAGCCAGGGAAGCCAAGAACGACAUGGAGCAGGGGGCGGCGAGCGAACGGCGACGGCGAAGGCCACGAGGGGCGCCGGGGGCACCACCAGGGAGGGCACCCUGACGAAAUGAAAUGGAAACCGUCGUGGAAUGGGACGCAUCGGCUUCCAUUGCGGCUUCAAGCUUGUCUCUCUGUUCGCUCUCUCUUCUCUCGAAUCGACCCUGACAAUCCAGAUUUGGAAAACGCGUCUGCGUGGACGGUGGCUGUCCGUGCCGUAGACGCAGAAAACCAACGGCUGGCCUGUCCUUCUUCUCGAAUCUUGCGGCUUGCGGCUUGCAACUUGCCCCAUCACUGUAUCCUAGACGCGGGCCAAUACGCACCAUUGACGGCGUUCCAAUGGUCCGUAUCCUCCUGGUCGUGCAUGCAUACUUGUUUCAUCGCGCUAGCAUCUGCGUCUGUUCUGCAUCUUCCUCUCUGGUCUUCCGUAGUGUACGGAUACAUGGUCCCCAUCAGAGAGCCUCCCGCCCUUGUCUUUCCAUCUCCUCGAGUCCCUCCCCUUCAGGAACCCUUGCUGAUACAUGCCAUUGCUUUCCCUUUUCUCCCGCCCUUUCUGUCCUUGAAUAAAGAAGCCUCUUCUGAACCAACCGCAUCUCUUCGCUUCUUCCCCGACCAGUCUUACAACACAUCUACUAUUACCUAUUGCUUGCCUAUCGGCUUAUUAUUCAAGUACGAAUACCUGCCGUACCAUUUUCCUUGCUCCCUGAUCUACUUCAGGUACCACUACUUUGCUCUCUCUUGUCGUCUAAUUCAUACCCUUCACCAACCAUUCUUCUUCCACGCCCUACCUCUCAGGCUAAGCGGCGCGCUAUACGCUACCGCCCGUUCUAAUCAACAUUGCUCCUCCGGCCCGCCUCGUCAGCCUGUCGCAGACCUGCCCGGUUCUCGUGCCUUGAUUGACCACUCGACUUCCUCCUCUCCUCUCGUACGGAUACUCAGCGUCACCGCGGCUGUAGAGGGCGCAUUUCGCCACCUCUCCCGCCUCUCCGAUUCCGACAGGCCUAGACGACAAGCCGCAUUGCUGUCUAUAUGCACCAUGAAUCAGACAUCUGGGGCGUCCGAUCAAGAAUCCCACCCAGCCUGGACUGGCGAACCGGGCAUUGACAUUGGCAUUGGAACUAAACAAAUCGUCACGGCACGGCACCGGACGCAUCCCGGGUCAGCUAUCAAAUACAACGCUCUUCGUCCUCUGGCCUCCUUCACACUCGCUCUAGCCUAG